AUGGUCACCGUUGAGCAAACCUCACAAGGGGCCGUCGGAGAUCCCUUCGGCGGCCCUAUCGACGAAAGUAGUGCAAUCGUCCCUCCUCCUCCGACAGUAGUUCCUGAAAACCAGUCGCAUCUGCAGCCGAUGCCGAUGCCGCCUGUUCCUCCUCCAAUGUCCACUGCCGGAAACUUCAACAUUCAGCCUUUACAGGAUUCUUUGCCCGAUAAUAAUCCUUACAGACAGCUUCAGAAACAGCGUACAGGCCAGAGCGAUGGAAGUUAUCCAGGUCAACCUUCAUACUUGUCAACGAGUGCCGGCGCCACAACAGGCCGUCCUGGCACGGCACCCUAUCUUUCGGCUUCUACCCAGAAUUUGAACCCUCAACCUACUUUGAAUGGCUUCAUGCCCACUCCUCCUAGUAGCUACCAUGCAUCGGCACCAAGAAGUCAUUCUGUUUCUGCCAUUGGAAAUGUCGUUCCACAGCCGCUUUACCCGAUCUCCACAAAUCAGGAUGGAGUCUUCCACAUGGACGGCGACAACAGGCCGAAGAUAAAUCCCUUCACCGGUGAAAUACAGCCUGUAGAAGCACCGAAGAGUCCUGAGUGGUGGGAGUCACCGGUAUCUACCAAUGGAGGAUCGCCAACCCCUGGCAAGCCGCAUUUAUCCCUGGAAGAGCAGCUUGAGAACGAAUUCCACCGCGGAAGAGGCACGAUUGCCCAGAAACCGAGCGUGCAAGUCACACAGCCGCCACCUGUUCAACAACAAUCCAUCCAGUUACCCUUACAGUAUCCCGUUCCGCCCGUACACCAACCGCUCCAGCAACCAGUACCACAAUCGGUCCCUCGCCCUAUUCCGCAGCCUUUCCAACCGCCAGUUGCACAAUUUGCCGAGUCGGACCCGUUUACCGAUCUUCCUAUCCCCCCCAAGCCGCCAACACCUCCAAAGAUCCCCCACGGUAAUCCGCAACCGAGCUUAUUGGAUGCCGAAAUAAAAGAAACCGGCACCGACAAACAAGUUGAUCUCAGCUCGGAGGCGCCAAUCCCAGUCGCUUCAGAGCCUUCCACUCAGUCGGCUACAGCAGGAGCAAUACAGCCAACGAUACCUCUGGAAACAUACCAAAUCAAGCACAUUCGUUUCCUAAAUCCUGCCACGAACAAACUUGCACAAUCGUCGAUACUCAUUCAAAAUGAAAAUGGGCCAUGUCCACUGAUUGCGCUUAUAAAUGUUCUGUCACUUUCUCGAGAAACAUUGGUGCUCUCAGAGGGGCUUCGGAUUCGAGAGACUCUUUCAUUGGAGCUUCUGCUUAAUGUCGUUUGCGAAGAGCUCGUUCUGACCGGUUCAUGGACAGGAGAUCUGUCUGAAUUGUUCAAAUUCUUGCUAGGUCUUCGCACGGGGAUGAACGUGAACCCGAAGUUCGUUAACGACCAGAUUUCGGCAGAUGACUUCCUGAGAAGUAGAAAUGUUCAUGAGAACCGUCCCUUGCCACAGCCUAAACCCGGUGAUUUUGAACAAACGCGGGAGCUCAUACUUUACUCAGCUUUCAAUAUUCCCCUCGUUCACGGGUGGCUGCCAGCCCCUACGUCACCGACGUUCCCAGUCUUGGUCCAAUAUGCUCGAGACUUUGAGAAGGCUCAGGAUAUAAUCAUCCAACAGCAAUUUAUUCUCGAAAAGGGGUCCAGAGGCGAGCCAAUAUCAACCGAAGAUAAUGAAAUUGUCGCAAAGGCACACGAAAUCCAAGAUUUCCUAGAGGCGACGGGGACACAGAUGACAGCAUAUGGAUUGAAUAUUUUGCAAACGAAACUCGCACCUGGCAGUUGGAGUAUCUUUUUCCGAAAUGACCAUUUCAGCACCCUUUACAAGCACCAGCGAACCGGAGAUCUUUACACUUUAGUCACAGACAGUGGUUACGCCUCUUAUGAAGAGAUUGUUUGGGAGAGCUUAGUGGACGCGUCCGGAAGAGGUGGUGAAUACUUUUCGGGAGAUUUUAGGCCGGUUGGGCAUGGCCAUGGAAACCAUAACGUAUCCCAAAGACAGUCCGACAACAUCUUGGACCCAAAUAGAGGUGAUGGUGGCUGGCAGCCGCAGAUCCAGCCUAGGCAAAGUAGCCUAGCUCCUCCUCCAGGCUUCUCUGGCCAGCGUCGUCCGGUUCAAUCAUUAAUCCCUCCAGAAACAGCACCGAUUGUCCCCCCUGAUGCAGGUGAUACAACCGACUACGACCUCGCCCUGGCCAUACAUUUGCAACAAGAAGAAGAGGAACGAGCAGCUAGAACACAGCAAAACCGACAGAAUUUGAAUCCUGCUCGAGUUCAAAACCUCGCGAGUGCAAACCAGCCCCCAGUGAGAUCUCUAGUUUCAUCUCAACCGCCACCACCAACAGGGCUUCGACCGAGAGCAAAUUCCGCUAGUCACCGUCCCGCCCAACCACCACGCCCAACCGGUCGACAGGCCCAAGAGUUAAGAAACGCCGCAAAUAAUGCAACUGGAGAAGAGAUUCCGCCUCCUUACGCAGCAGCGGAUCCCAAUCCAGCUGCCUUCACCCCACAGCCUGACGCUCCAGGGCCUGGUGGCCUCGGCCGCCAUUCUUCGUUCCCUACCCAAAAUUCCGAGGGUGUUGGAAGCUUCACUCGCCCAGGCCAAACUAGUGCGUAUUCCCAAAUGAACUCAUUGUACGGGCAAAGUUCUAGCUCCCAGUACCCCGGUGCUGCCCGUGGGAGAAAGCCCGGCGGGCAAUCCGUGGGAUCCGAGGACGACAAGAAAUGCUCGAUCAUGUAG